AUGGCAUCCUCCUCCGCCGGUGCGUACAACUCCCCUUGCGCAGCGUGCAAGUUUCUCCGGCGCAAAUGCACGGCGGAGUGCGUCUUCUCUCCCUACUUCCCGCCGGAGGAGCCCCAAAAAUUCGCGGCCGUGCACAAGGUAUUUGGCGCCAGCAAUGUGUCAAAGCUCCUAAACGAGAUCCCGCCGCACGCCCGUGAAGACGCCGUCGCCUCCCUUGCCUACGAGGCAGAGGCCCGCGUCCGGGACCCAGUCUACGGCUGCGUGGCCGCCAUCUCAUACCUCCACCGCCAGGUCGACCGCCUCCAGAAGGAACUCGACUCCGCCAACGCCGCCCUAAUCCGCCUCGCCGGCGGGGCGCCGCCGCCGCCGCCCCAUAAUGGUAAUCAUUACUAUCACCGUCCGCCGUGGGGAGGCGGCGGUGGGUUUUAUAAUGACCCUAAUAAUGGAGGAGGAAUUUGA